UCGUCCCUCUCUCGAGUUGUGGUCACUGUGUUUACACGCCGAGGAUGACACUGGUUCCUCCUAGUCGUGCGCUUCGAUCCUAGUCUUUGUUAGGAUUUGUGUUUGUCGAAGUGUUUUCGGGGGGGGAGGGUGGAAGUGGGACAGAAGGGAUCAUGCGGGUCCACGACAACCUGCGCUCCUCGCUGGGAUACGUCGUGUUCCUUCUGUUGCUCGUCGGGUCCCUGGUGACGUUGUUCCAUCCGGAGGCCCGGUGUGCCGACGAUACGGGGGAGCAGAAAUGUUGGAAAAACAGGAGGGUGUACGAAAUACCGGAAGUGGUAAAGUGUCGAAGAGGGCGAGGCCAAUAGACCCUGAUACCGAGGACAACCGCGACAACCGUGACAACGAGGACUAUUAUUACGAGGACGUGGAUGAAAGAAACAAUCCCACGAACGAGGCACCCGUCGUUCCUCCAGGAUUCCUCAGUCCAUCGGUACGAGAGUAUCUGGAUCUUGGUAAAUCGAUACCAGGUCGAGCUGGCACCGAUUAUCCCGUGUUGGGCAAGGUGCCUUACACGAAUUUCUACUGCGACGACCAACCCUAUCCAGGCUUCUUCGCGGACGUGGAGACGAGAUGCCAGGCGUGGCAUUAUUGCGACAUAGACGGACGCCAAGCAACGUUCCUGUGCCCGAACGGCACGCAAUUCAGCCAGGCAGUGUUCGUGUGCGAUUGGUGGUUCAACGUCAGAUGCGAGUUGAGCCCUAAACUGUACGCCAUCAACAGCAGAUUGUACGGAAGGCCCACGGAGAGCCCGACCAGGCCCCACCGCCUCAUCACCAAGGAGCUGUUGGAAAACAUCUUCGUCAGGCGAAAAUGAGGGAGGGAGGGGAGUGCUUCGAGAUUUCGUCGAUUCCUCUUCGUGAGCAAAGAUGGGUACGAAGACACCCUGGAAUGGGCGGAUUGGAUUAGUGGAAAGCGUAAGGUUAAUCACUAAUUAAUGAAAUCUCGAACCGAUUUUUAAAUAAGCUUGACUUCUCAUCAUGAGACUUUGUGUGACGAUCUAUGCGUGUGAUCCUCGCGCGAUCUUCA